AUGCUACUGCAGAUUCUGUACGAAAACUUGAAGCAGAAGGACAAAGUACUCGCCAACAAGCGCGUCGUUCAUGUGGAAACCAGAUCUACUGGAUUUGUGGUGAAAACGGAAGAUGGAUCGACAUAUGCUGGCGAUAUCUUGGUAGGCGGCGAUGGAGUUCACACUAAGGUACGACAAGAGAUGUGGCGGAUAGCCAGUGUCUCUGAUCCGAACGCACUUCCUCCCGAGGAGAGAUCAACAUGA